UGCCAGGGGAAACAGCCGCAGGGAGGCGGAAGGAGCUGAGAACCAGCCAGAGCCGCGAAAGAAAGCGGAAUCCUUGGCGGCCAUGGCGGUCUCGGAGCCCGGGUCCCGGAGCUGGUCCUUGUGGCCCGAGGUGCCAUCCGCCACCUUCUUCACCGCGCUGCUCUCGCUGCUGGUGUCCGGGCCCCGCCUGUUCCUGCUGCAGCCGCCCCUGGCGCCCUCGGGCCUCUCGCUACGGUCCGAGGCCCUGCGCAACUGGCAAGUUUACAGGCUGGUGACCUACAUCUUUGUCUAUGAGAAUCCCGUCUCCCUGCUCUGCGGUGCUAUCAUCAUCUGGCGCUUUGCUGGCAAUUUUGAGAGAACCGUGGGCACCGUCCGCCACUGCUUCUUCACUGUGAUCUUCGCCCUCUUCUCCGCCAUCAUCUUCCUGUCGUUUGAAGCUGUGUCCUCGCUGUCAAAGCUGGGGGAGGUGGAGGAUGCCAGAGGGUUCACGCCAGUGGCUUUUGCCAUGCUGGGUGUCAACUCCGUCCGCUCUCGGAUGAGGAGGGCCCUGGUGUUUGGCAUGGUCGUGCCCUCAGUGCUGGUGCCAUGGCUCCUGCUGUGUGCCUCCUGGCUCAUUCCCCAGACCUCCUUCCUCAGUAACGUCUGUGGGCUUGGAAUUGGGCUAACAUACGGCCUCACCUACUGCUAUUCCAUCGACCUCCCCGAGCAGGUCGCACUGAAGCUCGACCAGAAGUUCCCCUUCAGCCUGAUGAGGAGGAUUUCGAUGUUCAAGUACAUCUCUGGCUCUUCAGCUGAAAGAAGGGCGGCCCACAGCCGGAAGCUGAACCCUGUGCCCGGCUCCUACCCCACGCAGAGCGGUCACCCUCACCUGUCCCCAAACCACCCUGUUGCCCAGAUGCAGCACGCCAGUGGCCAGAAAGCCCCGUCCUGGCCAGCCAGCACUCCUGGGCACAUGCCCAGCCUGCCCCCAUACCAGCCUGCCUCUGGCCUGUGUUAUGUGCAGAACCAUUUUGGCACAACCCCUAACUCCUCCGGUGUCUACCCAGCUUCUGCGGGUGCCUCCCUGGGGGUCCAGCCCCCCGCCCCCCUCAAUUGCCCGGGCACAGUGUAUUCUGGGGCCUUGGCUACUCCAGCGGCUGCAGGCUCCAAGGAGUGCUCAAGGGUCCUGAUCCCCUGAGAGAGAAUUUCUAGGGAAGUAAUCUCCCAUCUCGGCCUUCUGAAGGUCCUCUCAGAGCUGAUUUUCUUGACAAGAAGUUAUUUAUUGAACACCUCUCUGUGCCAGGCUCUGUGCUGAGUAUUUUGAUAUAUGUCCCUAUUUCAGUCUCACUCAUCCUGCUGAGACCUUUGUGAAGUACAGUUUAUCGUCCCCAGUUUACAGAUGGGAAGCGAGAUGCUCUGUGAGGACGUGAAGUCGAGUGGCCCAGUGGCGGCACAGCUGGGGUCCUUGGCUCCAGGCCCAGGCUCCUCCCACCCGCUGACCUGCCUCCCAGAGAACAGCUGGGCGAUGAGGGCAUUGGUUGUCAGUGGCUAAUUCAGCUCUCCGUUUCCUUGCUGUCCUUGUAUGUAGUGCUCUUGGUUAUACAGUGUCCGUGUGUCUGUGUGUGCCCUUCGGGAGCUCCCAGCUGGCCUGCUUGCCAGUCCCCGGGCCUGCAUAGUGUUUCUCCCCUGCAGCAGCCCCCCCCCCCCCGAAUUCUGCCCUCUCUCGUGUGGUGAGAUGGGCCAGUGAGCCGCAGCAGCAUGCUGCUGGGUCCACGGUGUUGAUUACCUUUGUAUAAAGAAGCAGCCUCCAACCUGC